AUGUCGCAAGCCCGUACAUCUCAUGACGCUGCGUCGGGCGUGGCCGGCAGCGCUAUAUCUAACGAUGCCGACAUCUCUCCUACGACCUCUUUGCCUGGGCCAUCGAGUCCUAUCCUCCCGCAAACUGCAACACCAGCAUCGGGCUUGGAGGAUCCCUCGCCCUUUUCGCGCAACGUCACAACAUCCGAUGGACUGCAGAGGACCAGCUCGCGCCGCUCGAGACAGUCGCGAAAUGCACGACGCGCAUCUCGAGGCUCGCUCGAGUACGACAUACCCGACUCGUACCGAUACCUAGACGAAGUCGGCAUUUCACCGCCAGUUCAAAACCCCGAGGAAGAGCCCGUUCGACACAUCAGCAACAGGGAAGAUAGCUACAGUGCUCGUAGCAGGUCGCGCCGAGGCAGCAGCGCUGCUGAAGACAUGGGCCUGCCUCUGGAGCAGAGAUUAUCGCGGCGCAUGUCGCAAAUUUCAGCUGCUGAUAGGGAACUGCGCAUGCUGCAGCGUCAAUCGUCGAGAACGAGGGUGGACUAUGAUAUACCGGAGGCCUACAACAACCUCGAUGAAUUGGCCGUGUCACCUGUUCAGAACCCGGAUGAAAGUCCGAUAUACAAAUUCCACAGUCUGGAAGAGGAGCGCAGUCGAGAUCGCGAAGAACAGCAGCGCAGGCGCACGUCAAGAGUCAGCGGGAAUGAGCCUCGGCCUUCCGUGGCUCUUCCCGUGGCGCAACCAGAAGAGGAUUUAGAAGAGGAGCCGCAGACGUUUCGAGUAUCCCGACUGGCCACGCAGCUCUACACCAUCUCCUACCUAGUCUUCUUCUCCUUCUUGGGGACUCUUGCCCGAAUUGGUCUGGGGGCCUUGACCAUCUAUCCUGGUGCCCCUGUCAUUUUUGCAUCGAUAUGGCCCAACUUUGCCGGAUCCAUUGUCAUGGGUUUCCUGUCCGAAGAUAGGAUGCUGUUCCGCUUCGAAUGGGGCACACCCACCUAUGAGAACCAACUCCGGGAGGCCAGGGAGAAGUCUCGAGGUGAGGAGGGUGGUUCCGGGUCAUCAGAUACGCCAAAUGUCGACCUGGCGGCUGCUAGAAAGGCAUACAUGGCGACCAAGAAGACGAUUCCACUGUACAUCGGUCUCGCCACCGGGUUCUGCGGAUCCUUUACUUCAUUUUCUGCUUUUAUCAAAGACUGUUUCCUGGCGCUAAGCAACGAUAUCGCGGCGCCGGGGACCGAAACAUCCAUCCCUAGAAAUGGCGGCUAUUCUUUCAUGGCAUUACUCGGCGUCGUUAUCAUAACCACUACACUUUCCCUUGGCGGGUUGUUCAUUGGCGCGCAUCUCGCUAUCACACUUGAGCCGAUCACGCCAUCGCUCCCUUACUCCUUCACCAGGAAGGUUCUCGAUCGGUCCGUGGUAUUCCUGGCCUGGGGCUGCUGGACCGGUGCCAUCCUUCUCUCGGCCCUACCGCCGGAUCGCAACAACCCAGGCCCAGAGAUCUGGAGAGGGACAGCAACGUUUUCCCUCGUCUUCGCGCCUCUGGGGUGCUUGGCCCGCUUCUACCUCUCGCUCUAUCUCAACGGCCGUUUCGGGGCCUUCCCCCUGGGCACGUUCACUGCCAAUGUCGGAGGCACGGCUGUGCUCGGCAUGGCGUGGGACCUAGCUCACGCCUCCAUUGGCGGCGUUGUCGGCUGCCAAGUCCUUCAGGGCAUCGAGGACGGGUUCUGCGGCUGCCUAACUACGAUAUCGACAUGGGUGGCCGAACUGGCCGUGCUGCGGCGUCGUCAUGCCUAUGUCUAUGGUGGGGCUAGCGUUGUGGUCUCGCUGGCCGCCAUGAUUGCCAUCAUGGGUGGUCUGCGGUGGACUGAUGGGUUUGCGGCAUUGUCUUGUGUUCAUUAA